AUGCUACUCGCUGUGGGUACGAGCUGGCACUCCGGAAAGGCAGAAGCAUCAUCGUCCCCGAACUGUACGACCAGUACCUUCGAUGGUGCACUGUGGGAAUGUGCCAGCCAGCUCGGUAUCUCGACGGAACGAGUGCGCACCGAGAACCACAAUCUGUUGCUCUAUACGGCCGAUCCGGAAACGGCUUGUCUGGUGCGGUGCAUCGGACUGUUGUUACGUUUCUGGGACGACGGGACCGGUCUGCGUGAGUCCACCAUUCGCCAGUACUAUCGGCCAGAUCCGGAGGACCAUUGCUAUCGUAACCGUACCCAGCGGUGCCUUCGGACGUACGAGCAGGACACCAGCUUGAAGGACGUCUGCGAGCGAGCUCAGCGGGCCUUCCUGUGCUAUCAUCAGCAGUACGGCUAUCUGCAGCAGGAGGAGCGCUUCAUUCCACUGACGGGCCACGAGAUGCGUCAGGUGCAGCAGGAUUGCCUCGACAUCCUGGGUCUCGCUCCCUCUCGGCUGACUCAGUACACCGAGGGUUACUUCCCGGAUGAUCCGGAGACGCACUGCUUCGUGCGGUGUGUCGGUUUGCGGACGAAGCUCUACAACGAUCGUACCGGUCCGAUCGUCGAACGGCUAUACAUACAGUGUGACUCGUGUGCCGACGAAAAGGCGUUCACGGAGCGCGCCAACGCAUGUAUUGCCUCGCAGCGUCAGGAAAAGCGCAGCAAAUGCGGCACCGCGUACCGUACGCUGUACCAUUGCUUCCGGGAUGAUCAGCUGGAGCUGUAUGCGGAUCAUCGGAAUGUCCAAGGCACGACGCAAAAGCCCAUCCCGGCGUCUCGUUCACCGGUAUUCUAUCCAACGAAAGUGCCAGCACAAGUUGGUUCAUCGAACAAGUUAGUACCAUUGGCUCCUCAGCGUGCUAGUAAGAAAGAGCCCAUCUUCAAGAUGAUGUUGCGGGUGUUGGAACAUCAUAACGAGAAGAAGCAACAUCACUAUUGA